AAAUAAAUGUUCUUGCAGCGAUGUGAUGGACUGCAAGAAGCAGCAAACAACAGCAACCGCACGGGACGCAGACCUGAACCGUAGAAGAGGUUUCGUCGGAGAAAAAGGGACUAAAAGAUUUGCUGCGGAGGGAGAGAGAAUGGGAAGAGAGAGUCGGAGGAUGCUGGUGGGUUUUGUGGUGGCGAUGGCGUUGGGGACUGCUGUCUACUUAAGGCUUUGGGCCAUCGAUUACGCUAUCUCCGCUGAUGAUACUGAAUUGCUAAGGAGACAGUUUGAUCUUGCCAACAGGGAAGCAAUGGAUGAGUCUGCCGAGUGGAGGAUGCGCUACGAUGUGGAGGCAGAGAGGGCUACCGACUGUGAUAAGCAACUGAUUGAGAAUAACAAGUCCCAUAAGAAGAAUGUGGAGGAUGUUACUAGAAUGAGGCAAAAGGUGGCAAUGCUGCAACAGGAAAACUUAGUCUUGGUUAAACAAGUUGAAGCUUUAAAAAAAGAAGUGGAAUCUGCAAAGUUGCAAUGCCGCUCAUGAUGGAGCAUGCCCAUGGAGCAUCUGGACAACCAUGAUCAAGGAGCUUGCAGCUUCCAUGGAGUUGUUAAACCAAGAUACAGGUAUUUGUGAAAGAGAUACACUUGAUCACACAACCGGGGACUGAUCAGAUAUGUAAAAUCGCUUAACAUGAAUUUGUGGGCUUGAUAAUUGCAGAAUGAGAAAGAAAACAGCUCGUCACUGGUGCCGAUCCCAAAGUUCAUAGCAAAUUGAGCAAAUCGGUUACAUUAGUCAGAUGAUAUGGGUAUAAUAGGCUAAAGUCCAAAUUUUUUUAGAGGUUGUGUUAUUGUGUAACAGUUGAUACGAGUAUGGAAGAGAACUAUUUAUCA